AUGACACACUUUCUCCCAACAGAAUGCAUACAAAAGAUAUUCGCAUAUCUAUACGAAGAUAUCCCAUCUCUUCAUUCAGGCGUAUUAGUAUGUCGUCAUUGGUGCAGAAGCAUAGUCCCUAUUCUGUGGCGACAAACGCUUCAUCUCGAAUUAUCAAAGACGAAUCCUCGCAUAAUACCAGCAUAUCUUCCAUUUCUCACCGAAGAGUCAUUAGCAUCAUGUGGGAUAAUACGUCGACAAAAGGACAAGAAACAACUGCCAUUCUUCGACUAUCCAUGCUACUUACGUCAGAUGGACUACUCAAUAUUGUACGAAUGCAUAUGCGCAUGGUGGAAUAGUAUAAACGAUCAAAGUGAAUAUGUGAUAAUCCGCUCAAAUCAAAUAGGAGGAGGAGGGAUAUGUGGGAACGGAUGUGAAAAUGGAUGCGCAGACGACAUUGACAGCCAACAUGGGCAUGAGAAUGGGGAUAGAAAACCAAUAUGUAGGAGACGAGCAGACGCGGAGGAUGAGGGUGCGAACGAAGCUUACGGAAAGGCUUUGUUGGCUAAGGAACUAUGCAAGUUGUUUGUUAGUAGUUGCAAAUCAUUUGGGUGCUUACAUUUGGAGACAUUACCUCUGAAAGAGCAACUGGAGAAGGCAUUGUUCCGUAUCCCCGUCGAAUUUUUGUCGAUUCCUGAUUUCCCCGGAGCGAGCGAGUGCUUGGCUAAUCUAGCUGCGUUUGAAUGUAGUGGUGACUAUGAUAAACAGCAAAUAUUCACCGGGAUGGCAUCUAUUUGCAAAGAUCUCAAGAUUCUCACCGCAGAUGGAAUUGACUAUGGAAAAGACGCAUCAUCAGCGCUGGCAACCCUGCUCUCCAAGCAACGUGGUCUUGAGUAUUUUCUUCUCUCUCGUUGCUUAACUGAUCCGUCUCGUAUACUAUCAGCACUGAAAUCAAGUGAAUUGACGUUGAAGAGUCUACAAUUUUCGUCGUGCCAUUUCCCUCACGAUGACUCAUUGAAGCCAAUAUCAUCUUGUGUUCACAUUGAUACUUUGAGAAUGAAUCAGUGCGGAUUCUUGACCAACGAAAUGUUUUCUUCCAUCAAAAAUACUACCUUCCCCAAUCUUGCUUAUUUGGACUUUACCUACACAUUCGCACCUACUUAUUCGUUUAUUGAAGUAUUCCGUCGAUCUCAUUCGUCACUACGGGAGAUAUGUCUUGGCGGAAUACACGAACAUUCUCCAGAUAUAGUCAGCGGCGUGGCCGAGUAUUGUCAUAAUGUGACUGUAUUUGAGGUAACAGUGCAGCGUGAUGGUAUACACAAGUUACCAAUGUUACUACGAAAUUGUCAUCAAUUGGAAGUCGUGCGACUUUAUGGCGAUUUGAAUAGUUGGACUGGAUUCCUAAAUGCGAGCGAAAUGAUUGGGGAAGUGGGAGAUAUAGUGCCGUUGAAAAUGAGAGAGAUGGUAAUAGUGACUAAUUGGGCCGUGAGUGCAGCUGGAUUGAGCAAAUUUUUUCAAAAGUGCAGGGCAUUCUUGAGUAAUAUGACAGUGCAUUGUUUCGAUCACACACUUGACAUUAAGCCAUAUACGGAUGCAAUAACCGAGUAUGUGAAAAGACAUGGAAUGGAUGUAAAAUGCCUUUCAUGUAGAUUAGAGGAUAGACUUUUGGAGUUUACUUAUCGGUCCACUUCGUCUGACGAUCGUAAAUGA